AUGGAUACAACCUUCUACAUUGUGGACACCAAGAGUCCAGCUAUUCUGGGUCUGCCAAGCUCAAAGGCAAUGAAGCUAGUGAUUCUGAACUGCUCAGUACAGCAGAAGGAGCAACUACCACUCCGUGAUAAGAGAGAUCUUCAGCAGCGGUUUCCAGACUGUUUCACUGGAAUCGGACGAUUUCCAGGAGAGUUCCAUAUCACAUUGAUGGAGGAUGCCCAUCCUGUAGUACAUGCAUCCAGGAAAUUGCCCAUCCAUCUACAGAAAGAGCUUAAGGAAGAGCUUGACAGGAUGCAAGAGUUAGGAGUUAUCACAAGGGUAACUGAGCCAACAGACUGGGUGUCAUCCCUAGCAGUGAGCAGAAAGUCGAAUGGGAAGCUUAGAGUGUGCCUUGAUCCCAAGGAUCUGAAUAGAGCAUGCAGACGCACCCAUCACAAGACUCCAACACUCGAAGAGAUUACGCACAAGUUAAGUGGUGCAAGGGUUUUCUCCAAGAUGGACGCCCGACAUGGAUACUGGAGCAUAGUUCUUGACAGAGAAUCUAGUCUGCUAACGACCUUCAAUUCCCCAUAA